AUGUAUGGACGCUAUACACAGGAGCUGGGGGCCUAUGCCAAAGAAGAGGCAGCUCGUCUGCGUGAGGAUGGAGCGCUGCGGAGGACCACCAGUGUUCGCGGCCAGGCUCCAGAACUGCUGGAGUACGAGAAAGACCCAUGUGCCAAGUGUCAAGUCUGUACAUCACGCUGUAAGAAGUUCCUGAUCUCCCGUGUGGGUGAAGACUGGAUCUUCCUCAUCCUCCUGGGGCUUCUCAUGGCACUGGUCAGCUGGGCUAUGGACUACACUAUUGCCUUCUGCCAGCAAGCACAGAAGUGGAUGUACGGCGGUCUGCACAGUAACAUGUUGCUGCAGUAUCUAGCCUGGGUCACGUACCCAGUGGUCCUCAUCACCUUCUCCGCCGGCUUCACACAGAUCUUGGCACCACAGGCAGUGGGCUCUGGGAUCCCAGAGAUGAAGACCAUCCUCCGAGGUGUGGUGCUGAAAGAGUACCUCACUUUCAAAACCUUCGUCGCAAAAGUGAUUGGCUUAACUUGUGCCCUUGGAAGUGGCAUGCCUCUGGGCAAAGAGGGACCGUUUGUUCACGUUGCCAGUCUGUGUGCUGCUCUGUUGAGCAAAUUCAUGGCCUUGUUUGGAGGAAUCUACAUGAACGAGCUGAGAAACACAGAGAUGCUGUCAGCCGCCUGUGCAGUGGGGGUGGGCUGUUGCUUUGCGGCCCCCAUUGGAGGAGUGCUGUUUAGUAUUGAGGUCACAUCGACGUUCUUCGCCGUGAGGAACUACUGGAGAGGAUUCUUCGCUGCAACCUUCAGUGCCUUUAUCUUCAGGGUGCUGGCGGUGUGGAAUAAGGAUGAGGAGACCAUCACGGCCCUCUUUAAAACACGCUUUCGACUGGAUUUUCCUUUCGACCUACAAGAGCUUCCUGCUUUCGCUGUGCUCGGGAUUGCCAGUGGUUUUGGAGGAGCGUUGUAUGUCUAUCUGAACAGGAUCAUAGUGGAGUCUAUGAGAAAGCAGAAAACCAUCAACAAGUUUUUGCUAAAAAAAAGACUAGUGUAUCCGGCCGUGGUGACUCUUCUUGUAUCUACACUUACCUUUCCUCCAGGGUUUGGACAGUUCAUGGCAGGCCAGCUGACUCAACAUGAGUCACUGGUGGCACUGUUUGACAACCAGACCUGGUAUAAGCAAGGUGUUGCUGAGGAGUUUGAGUACUCAAGUCACGUACCUCAGGCCUGGAAGCACCCACAAGUCAGUGUGUUCAUCACACUCCUCCUCUUCAUUGUCAUGAAGUUCUGGAUGUCAGCCGUGGCCACAACAAUGCCUGUGCCUUGCGGGGCCUUCAUGCCAGUGUUCCUCAUUGGGGCGGCAUUCGGUCGACUGGUGGGUGAAAGUAUGGCGGCCUUCUUCCCCGACGGGAUACACGCUGACAGCACUGUGUAUCCCAUAGUUCCCGGCGGUUACGCAGUUGUAGGGGCGGCGGCUCUUUCUGGCGCAGUCACUCACACCGUGUCCACCGCCGUCAUCGUGUUCGAGCUGACCGGUCAAAUCUCGCACAUCCUGCCCGUGAUGAUCGCCGUGAUCCUGGCCAAUGCCGUGGCUCAGAGCCUGCAGCCUUCCCUCUACGACUCUAUCAUCCGGAUCCAGAAACUUCCCUAUCUGCCAGAGCUGGGCUGGGGACAGGAGAAAUAUAAUAUCCGCGUGGAGGAUAUAAUGGUGAGAGAUGUGCGGUAUAUCACUCUCUCCUCCUCUUACCGGGACCUCCAGGAGGCACUUGUGACAGGCCAGCUUAAAACCCUGGCCCUCGUAGAGUCCAAAGAGUCCAUGAUCCUGCUGGGUUCGAUCGAGCGCUCUCAGCUUCAGUCGCUGCUCUCUCAGCAGCUCGGCCGACCCCGGAGGCUGGAGUAUUUGAGAGAGCGAGCUCAGGACAACGGCACCCAUGUGCCCACCUUCACACCAGACUCACCCCCCAAGGCUGGCCGUGGCGUACGUUUCCUGAUCUCCACUGAAGAGUCCUCCUACAGCCCCACGUUGACUAACUCCCAGAUCCCCCUCAAGUCUGCUCUGAAGACGGUGUCUGCAAUCAGCAACACAGACUCACUCAACAGCUCUCCAAACCUCUCCUGCGGGGAACCUGUGAAGGAGUUAGUAGAGAGCAAUGCUGGCCCCAUGGCUCCUAAGAGGAGCAGGAGGCCCAAGCGCGUGAAGAUACCCAUGGUGGAUACAGCUGAUGUAGAAGAUGACAUGUCAACAGCAGAGAUUGCUGAGUGGGAGGAACAACAGUUGGAUGAAGCUGUCAAUUUUAACAACUGUAAAAUAGACCCCGCUCCCUUUCAGCUGGUGGAACGGACGUCAUUACAUAAGACGCACACCAUUUUUUCACUCCUUGGCCUGGAUCAUGCCUAUGUCACCAGCACCGGACGUCUAGUAGGAGUCGUCUCUUUGAAAGAGCUGCGUAAGGCCAUUGAGGGCUCAGUAACCGUAACUGGUGUGAAGGUGCGUCCUCCGCUGGCAAGUUUCCGGGACAGUGGCAACAGCAGCAGUGUUUCAGAGGUAACUGAGCUCCACAAGCUCUGGAGUCGCCACAAGAGCCUGUCUUUGCCACGAGAGCCGAACCUCCCUGAUCUUGAUGACCAAACAGAGCAGCCGUCCGAGGGCAGCCUGGUGAACGAAACCGAGUGCACAGAGCUGUCCAGUCAGAACAGCCCAUUACACACAGAUGACCAAACAGAGCUGCCCUACGCCGACGCCUCGCCUCAAGAGGAGCCUCUGUCGCAGCUCCCAUGUGACUGUCCAGAGGUGGAAACCUCAGAACCUGUUGAUGAACAGUGCCCAGAUCCUACUGAGGAGGCGAUGGGUGAUGGAAACCCCUCGCCGUCAGAUGGUCAGCCUGAAUGACAGCCGCUGAGAAAUGGCAACGCUCACUCCAUUCACACCAUAAGCUGGAUUGUGGAGUCCGGUUGAGGAGAACCUGGAGGAAGUCUUUUAGCAGUGAAGCACACUUUCUGCUCCGUACUAAUCAAAGCAAUCCCAAUCACUGGUCCUGCCUUCACACAAGACACGCCGUGUGUGUUUGUAUGUGUGGGAUGUCAUAGAUACACACUGCUAUAUAAGCUUCGGAUAUGAUUUCAGAAUGAUCGUACAGUUGUAUGCGUGCUUUCAUCAUUCAUUUGAGAGUUUGUGGUUUCAGUGAGCAUUGAUGGCUCAGGAGCGAUCAUUAUUCAGCAUUUCAGUUUUCAUCAUACACAACUCUGUUGUUUUUUUGUUUACUUGUGGCUUCUGGUAUGCGUAGAUCUUUGUUGGCGACAUUCAUUGAAAUUAAUUACUUUAAUAACGUCAUGAUGUGGCCAUUUUUUUGAAUGCAGGUUUUGAUCAGUGGCUUCAUUUCUGCCUGACUGUGUUGCUUUAUGUUUGUGAACGUUCAUGUCACAGAAGGCAUUGAGCGAUCAUUUUUUCAUCGUUCAAGUUUUCAUCAUAAACACAGUUUGUUUGUCGACUUGAGGCAUUGCAGUUUACUGAUUUUAGUCGGUGACAUUGAUAGAUUAUUUUCUUGUCAUGGCCUGUUCAUUUUGGAGUUUGUUAGCUGAUUUGUGGCUUUAUUUCACAUUUGUUUGUGUUUAUUCAUGUUGUAAAGACCCAUCUUCAUGUUUGUUUCAUCAGUUUGUAGCUUCAUUGCUCAUUUCCGUUGAUUUAUUUUGGUGAGAUUCAUUUAAAGAAGUUUAUGUUCAGUGAUGUCACAGCGGGCUCGUAAGGGUUCUCAUCACAAACACAGGGUUUGUCCGUUGAUUUGUGGCUUUACAGCCUGUUUGUGUACUUCUUUAUCUUUGCGCAAGCAACAGAGUGUGUAAGAGAAGCAGUGAGUGCGUGUGUGUGUGUGUGUGUGUGUGUGUGUGUGUGUGUGUGUGCGUACGUGUGUGCGUGUGUGUGUGUGUGUGUGUGUGUGUGUGUGUGUGUGUGUGUGUGUGUGUGUGUGUGUGUGUGUGUGUGUGUGUGUGUGUGUGUGUGUGUGUGUGUGUGAGUGACUCAGCUGCACCUAGCCAACGCACCCAUCUGGUGCCGACACUUUAAAUCCAAAUAAAAUUGUCUCUGAGAGCCAAACUACAAUUUUGUUCUAAAUAUAGCUCUUAAUAACCCACACUGCAAGGAAACAUGGAGCGAGAGAGCUGGGGGAAGAAAGGGAGCGGGUGGGCAAAAGAGGACAUAGAGAACAAGAGCUUAAUGCAAAAUGAGCAAAGGAUGGGAAAGACAUUGGAAAGAGGGUCAUGGAAAGGCAGGAGAUCAAAUGGAAGAGUGGGGUAAACUGUGCCAAUUUUUGCUUGAGUUGUGUAAUCAAGAAUACCAUAAAUAGAAAUCAGGUAAGGGAAUAGAACUUUUUUCAGAAUAAAGUGGCACAAAAAUAUGAAAAAAAAAAAAUCUUACCUCAAAAAACUUACCUCAUUUUAGUGGUAAAAUGCAUCAUCAUGAAAGAAAAGAGGAACCGUUUGGGAACGUUUACACUUUAUUUCAUUUCAUGAACAAGAGUAUAACUUAUAUUCACAUUUUCAUAAAAUCACUGGAAAUAUUUAGUUAAUAUGCAUGUAGGGAAGCAUGUUUUUACAUUUUGUCACAGUAUUUGUUUUUUCUUCCAUUUAAAUGCUUGCUCAUCCUCACUUUAUGUUGUAAGCUUUUCACUCAUCACAGCACACGUGCUGCUGAUGAUGUGACAAUAAAAGUGAUUUGAUUUUAGCCACUGGCACAUUUUACCCAGAAGCACCUGACAAAAACACAAAGAUAAAAUGAUGGGGAAAACAAAAUAUCCAUUUAUAAUUCAUAGUUAAGUGAA